AUGCAACUCUCUCUGAAAAGCUUCAGGAUGCUCUCCCUCUUCGUUAUUGCUGUCUCAGGCGCCUCCAAGUCGCCGAAACUUGCGAGAAUGUUCAAGCUUAUGGUUCAACACUUCGAGCCAAUUGACAAUGGGAAGGGAUCACUCAAGUGUGGAAAGAAUGGAAACUACCAAGCAUCUUGUAUCAACUGUAGCAUUCGGGGUAACAACGAGCUGGAGUGUAUGUGCUGCAACGCGGAUAAUGAUCACCGCUUCGUCUCUGCUCAUGUUGAUCUGAACAACUGCAUCAGCAACGAUCACGGAGAACUUGGCUGCUAG